GCCCUCCAGUUUUAUUCGGAACGUCGGGUGGUACGGACUGUCGCGUUACUCGGUGACAUAAAACAACAGUGUGACAAAAUACGACGAUCACGCGUGGACGUGAGUGUGUGGGUGAUAAGAAUCGGUUCUAUUGUGCAAGCGCAGCUGGUGCGCGCCCUUUCUUAUUGGAUUAAACAAUAGCGCCCAACCCACCGUCAGUACACACACGGUGUGGCCUACAUUCGGCAAAGCCUACUACAACACACCUAGCGAUAGGGUUUGGGAAGAAGGAAAAAAAAAUAAGUAACGAACGGGAUUUGGUCCGCGUAUCUUUGGGCUUGCGAACGGAGUGCGAAAGAAGAAUCGCUCGGUUGUAGUGGUGGUGGCAGCGACGUGGGCUGUGCCGGCGAAGAAGCGAAGGAGGAAUAACGAGGGCGUGUAACACGCGAGGGCGCCAAGAAGAACAGCGCGAAAGGUUGUUUUGGAGUGCGGCUUGAAGCAACUCACAAAAGUUGAAAUUAAAUCGGUGUGUGCAAAUUUGGGCUUGUGUUGGUGUGCUAGCACACAGCACACCCGGUGGGGGAAUAAUAGAUACCUCGCGCGGGGCUUAUUUUUGUGCCGCGUGGAGUACAACGAAUUCGCAAGGUUCUACUGACCUCUGCCGUAUUGAGCUGCGUUUUUUAUGCUCAGCGCAUGGACGCUGGAAGAACCAGCAUAGCUGCGAGAAGUGACCCCCGAGAGGUGAUCGAUUCCGAUGUAUCGGUGGGAGAUACCAACACAACCGCGCACACGGGCCUCGUGAACCGGUUCUGCGGACCAAGCAGCACUCACGAAGAAGAGAAGAAGUAAACCCGUAAACAAAAACAUCCAAGCGGCUGCUGUCGAAGACCCUUCAGGGCGGUGAAGGCGGCGUUUCAACGCAAAGAAGGCUAGGAAGCAAGAAGAACCAAAAGGAAAAAGCAGCGACCGAAGCGCAUUACAUAAAGUAUUUACACGCUUGAAUGACCAACCUAGGUCGGCGGCAAAGGGUUCACCGAGGCAGUUGAAGGUAUUCUGCAAAAAAUUAGCGCACGAGGCGCCUCCUUGCGGCUUGCAAGCGCUUUACGACAUCAUAGGCAGGCGACUAAAGUCCAGCCCGCGCUGUCGAGUCAGUGAAGUGUGAGCUCUAGUGUGGAAUUUCAUUAUUUCGAUCCAAGAGGUGCUAAGGAAGGGAAAAGAGUGGUGUAAGUGAGAGAGAAAAAACGCUGGAGUAAGUAGAUAGUGCAGUGCUGAAAGAGAAGGAAGAAGCGAAGUGUGUUAUUUAUGGUUUUGGAAAGAAAAAUACAGCUGAAGAAAAAGAGUUUAUAAAGAGUUGUGCCGGUUGUAAGAAGAGGCGCGCAAAUAAAAAGCGAGAAGGAGGCAAAUUAAUUGUUGAUGAUUCGUGCGUGCAGUGAAAAUAAACAAAUCAAGUGCGAGCCUUGGGAUAAACAACAAACGAAAACACAGACAAGCGUCGGCAAAGCAGCGGUACAUAAACAACGUAGAUUGCAGUUCAGUUUAUAAAGUGAAAUCUGCUGUGUAAGAGUGUGCUGAUUCGUGCGUGUCCCUCCAAAACACACACACACACACACACAUGUGCAAAGUCACCGGAAAGUGAGAUAUGUGAUAAGGUUCUCACGCAGCUGGAAUUUCAAUGAGGACAUCAGCUUUAUCGAAACACGUCGAUCAGGACCUGCUGCCAUUGGGAGGCCAUUAGGAGCGAGUGUUCAUCCAUCUGGUCAAUUACGGUGCCGAAUUAUGUGGUUGGGCUCGGAGUCCCCGCAGAGUGCUUAAUUUGUGAUGAUUAUCAACCUCGACGUCCUCCGGCUGCUGCUGCAAGAUAAGUGAACCCCGGCCAGUCCACCACCGUCCAUCCAAGCUUGAAUGUCGUCACCGGACCGGAGCUAACGGAACUGCUACGAAGACGACUACGACGACGGCCUCGAAGAUUAGGCAUCCUGGAGCGACCGCGGCGGAACCGCGCAACGCAAACGUCAAAACGAUGGCGUCCAACCGCCCGACGGCGGUAGUGCUGCUACUGGUGCUGCUGCUGGCCGUUGGCGUGAGUCGAGGGAACGAGGAAGACUUCACCGAGCAUUGUAACAAGUGUCGAUGCAGCUGGAAGAGUGGUAAAAAGACGGCAGAUUGCACGAACCAGGCGCUGGUGCUGAUUCCGGACGAUUUGAGUUCGGAGCUGCAGGUGCUGGAUCUGUCCAACAAUCAGAUCUCGGAGAUUCGUGCGCACGAGAUGAUGCGUGCGCGGCAGCAGAACCUUCACAAACUGUACCUUCGGAACAGCACGAUCGAGAUUCUGCACCGGGAUUCGUUCCGGAAUUUGACCAUCCUGAUCGAGCUGGACCUGUCCACAAACAAGCUGAAGCGGCUCGAUCCGGGUCUGUUCGACGACCUGAAGAAGCUUCGAGUCAUCAUGCUGAACCACAAUCAAAUCGAGCGAAUCGAGAACAAUCUGUUUCAGAAUUUAAAGUUCCUCACCAAGGUGGAACUGCGCUCGAACCAAAUCUACCGGAUAGCGCAGCACAGCUUUACGAACGUGCCGCUGCUGUCUCAAAUCGAGCUGGACUUUAACCGGCUCCAGAUUCUCCGUAAAGAAUCGUUCGUCAACCUGGAGAAGCUUACGUCGCUGUCCCUCACGAACAAUCCGUGGAACUGUAGCUGUGCGCUACGAAACUUCAGCGAGUUCGUCCUGUCCCGCAGUCUGUACCGAUCGCCCACGACCUGUGCCCAACCGUCCCAACUGGUAGGCCGUGAGUGGAACGAAAUCAACCUGGACGACUUUGCCUGCCGGCCACAAAUCAUCGAGAAUCGAAUCAUCUACCCAGGCGAUGGAGAAAAUGCAACAUUCACGUGCAAAGUGACCGGUUUACCGCUCCCCCAGGUCGACUGGCUGUUCCACAAGCGACCCUUCCCCAAGAACGACAAACGGUUCAGCGUAACGAAAGCCGUCCGAACCAGCGGCAAGGACACCAACGAAGUGCUCGUGUCAGAGCUGACCAUCGUCGGUGUUAAAGCUUCCGACCGUGGCCCGUACGCGUGCAAGGCCACCAACCCGGGCGGGACCGAAGAAAGUGAGCAGUUCUUCGACCUCAAACCACCACCCCUGAAACCGGCCGCCAACCGAACCAACGACAUCCUCUGGAUCGUCCUCUUCAUCGUCCUGGCCAUCCUCGUGAUCCUCAUCCUGACCAUCCUCAUCCUGUGCUGCGUGUGUCGGAAGGCGCGCCGUUUCAAGAAGAACUCCUCGAUCAGCGAAAACGGCCUAAUGAACAGCAAGAUGGACAAGUCGGCGGACGGUUCGGUGCUGGACGGCGGCUCGGUCAUCAUGGAGAUGCAAAAGAGUCUGCUGACGGAGGUGAAUCCGGUGGAGAAACCGCCGCGGCGGGCCGACAUCGAGGCGAACGAUAAAACAAACGACUACGACGAGGGGCACGAGGUGAAGAAGACGCUGCUCGAGGAGACCGGAUUCGCCGCCCAGGAUGAGGAAACGGUUUCGGUAGCCCUGUCGGACACGACGGCACCCCGUUCGCGGGCCGCCUACAUUGAGGAGGGAACGUACGGAACGGCGGUCACACUGCCCCCGGACCUGCUGGCGUUCCCCUCGACGCGCUUCCCCCAGUCCCCGUCGAUUCAGAGCUCGAUGUCCAACAUUCACGACGGACGAAUCUACGGCAAGAGUCCGCUGUCCAGUCCGAUCUACCAGCACGGUCCGGGCCUGCUGUCGACGGCGUCCGGCGGUGGUGCCAGUGGACAGGUUCCGGCCGGUUUCCGCACGUUGCAACAUCCCAAGACGGGUCGAACGAUAGCGAUCGCAGCCCAGCGGUCCAACUCACCGUUUACGGCGGCCCCGCUAAUCUACCCGCAGGUCGUCAUGAAGCAGGGCUACGUAACAAUCCCCCGGAAGCCGCGCACGCCCAGCUGGACGCCCUCGAUGAACUCGACGGCGACGACAGCCGAGCUGCUGCCUCCGACAAGUCCCACCUCCAUCAGCAGUGAGCUGCCGGCCGCGACGGAACCGGUCUACGACAAUCUCGGCCUGCGCACGACCGCUUCGGGCAACUCGACGCUCAAGCUCAACAAGGCGGCCAAGGCCAGCGGCCAAAGCACGUACAGUAUGAAGAAUCGACCCCUUCCAGCGACGCCGGGCGGCCAGACGGCUUCCGCGGGCUCGAACACGAGCAGUGCGAGCAACUACGAAUCGAUCCCCGAAGUGGGAGGAGGACAAUCAGCGACCCUGGCCAGCCUCGAAGCCAUCUAUGGCCGCACGACGGCCACCGGCCCAAGCAGCAGUAGGAGUAAAGUUCCGCCACGACCACCGCCGAAGCCCAAGAAGAAGCCGACGAACCUCGCGAUGAACUCGUCGGCGGCAGCGACCAAUGUGGCGGCGGUGUCCAGCGGAAACAGUGGGAUGGCCAGCACCAGCAGCACCAGUCCGCUGUUUGCCGACGAGGGGGACGACGGGACGGAGGUUUAAACGACGAUGUGUGAAAAGCUUUUAAUGAAGAAAACGAAACGUAAGGAAAACAAAAAAUCUUUAAUAUAUAUAUUCGAUGCAUAGAAUAUUUGGCUAGUUGAUAGUUAUUUUUUCUAAUCUAUUUGAGAGCGAAAGUUAUUGAAAGUGAGCGAGCGAGCGCGUGAGUGUACAUUAUAUAUUCUAGGGAACGACGAAGCAGAAAUCUUUAUGAAAUCGAAAACAAUAGCAUUUAAAGAAGAAGAAGGAUAAACAACUGAGGGUACUAUUAGGUUUUUUUUAUAAGAAAAUGACACAAAAGUAACAAAACACACAAAAAAACGUGACCGACGGCAGGCAGGAGGAAAAUGAAGAUCAAAAAUUUCAAAAAACUUAGGCUAAUGUUAUUGCAAUUUGUAAGUUGGGGGGAGCUAGCUAAUAAUGAUGUUUAGCAGAAGAGUGAUCGAACUGUAAUAGCUAUUUAUUUUUAUGACCAAGUAGAGAGCGAGGUAAGGCUCGGAAAUGUGAAGGGAAGCACUUUGGUGAAGAGUGUAGAACGAGCAAUGUGUUUGGAAAUAUUUUCAAGAGAAAUCAUUUUUUUUUUUUCAAAAAUAUUAAGUGAAUUUAUAUAAUUGAAUUAAAGUUUUUUUUUCUCUGCAGAAAAACAAGACCCUUUUUUUUAAUUCGCAGCCGAAAGAGUACUGCUACCGCCUAGCUACCGUGGCCGUGAGGUCACGGUUUUCUCCUUGUAAAUUGGAAGGUGAUGGGUUCGAUUCGGGAUGGGUUUCGUCUAGCGGCGUGCUGGAUUUCCAAUCCAGAGAUCGUGAGUUCGAUUAUCGUACCGGGAUAAUGAAGUUUAAAUACAAAUAGGCCUAUGAUCAUCUUGACGUGAUCGUUAAUGUAUGACCUUGAAUAAACAAAAACAGCACGCAAUGCACAGUGGGCGAAAUGGAAUCCAAAAUUGGACUUAAUUGAAUGCGGCUGGUUCCCUGGUAUGAAAACUAGUGUCCCUUAAAAAAAUUCCGGGGAAUCGAUUGGUGAUAGUUUCACCCACCACACGAAACGGCAAAGGGUCCAUUUUGCCCCAAUUUUCCAUUUUUCAAUUAUUAUUUUUUGAAAGUUGCUCUGUAUUUAGAGCGGAGGAUUAAUGCGGCCAUCCAAAAUGCACGAAACUUAUGUGAAAAUGUCCCUGGAAUCCAGUAAAAAUAACCACUUGCACUGCUAAAAUCAUUUAGGGUCCAUUUAACCCCAAUUCCGCUUUAAAAGCAUUUUUGACCGUUUUCAAAUGUAAGGUCAAAUUUUAAGAAUCUGAAAAUAUUUUUAUCGGACCAGACAUAUUACAUAAGAAUGAAUAUAUGCACUUGAUAGUUUGACACGUGUGCGUUGAAAAAAAAAAGUUUGAAGAAUCAGUUUUAGGCCAAUUUUCCCAGGUGCAGAAUAAACUGCCGUUAACAUAAUUUGUAUUUAUUCAUUAUUUAUACCAACAUAAACGUUUCAAACUAUCAAGUGCACUUAGUCAUUCUUAUGUAAAAUUGUCCGGUCCGAUAAAAAUAUUUUCAGAUUCUUAAAAUUUGACCUUACAUUUGAAAAUGGUCAAAAAUGCUUUUAUAGCGGAAUUGGGGUUAAAUUGACUCUAGAUGAUUUUUGCGCCCCAUUUUUUUAUGGACUUAGCUUCAAACUUAUUUCGCACUUAGAAACAUUCCACCUCUGGAUUCGAACUCAUAACAUUCGAAAGACACAUCUGAGAGGCUGAACAAAAUUUAAGGAAAUUUUAUUGACACCUGGGAAAAAAUUGUUGCAAAACAUGUUCACGAUUAUUUUUCAUUUGUUGUACUUGAAUUGAACAUAAAAUUAUGCCAUUACAUACAUUUUUUAAUGUUUAUGUCACUCCUUUCAAAUUAUAUUUGAAAAAAAAAUCAAUGUUUGUUGUAGCAUGAAUAAUGCAAUAAAAAACUUAAGAAUAAAAUUGUUUUGCUUAUUUUUUGGUUUGGUUGAUUUCAAUAAAUUAACGUUUAAAAUGAUUAAUAAGCAAAGCUGUUUUCAACAAAACUGAUGAAAAAUUGAAAAAUUGUCAUUUUCUGUUUUCUAAUAUUGACGAAAAUGAAAAAAAAAAAUCCUAAUCUCAGUGAUGGAAGAAUCUUCAUUAAAAGUUUUUUUUUUAUGGCAAGUGUAACGUCACUCGUCGAAAAUAACCCGUCACUUUUUGUAGAUGAACAAUGUUUGUAAACAAAACGAAAUAAAUGAAAAUGGCGUUAAAAAUAAGAUUCACAAAAAAUCUUCGCCUGAUUAAUUUUCACUGAAAUUUGUGAGGCGAGGGAGUGAUUUUUGAAAUGCAUUACACAUCAGUACAGUUGUUUUACAAUCAUUAGUAUUCUAAAAAUGUAAGUUAUUUUGAUUUUUUUUUUCAUAUUUCACAUAACUUUAAAAUACUUUUAAAAUGUCCAGUAUAAGCAGUAUCUGAAUAAUGUGGAUCAAAUCAAACGCAUUUUAAACGCUCAAUUUAAAUGCCUCAAUUGAAUCUUAAUAUUUCAUUACCCAUAAAAUCAGAAGGCUAAUAAAAAAAUCGCCACAAGCAUCGACCAAUUAUUCGCCUCUCGCCUACUUUUUGAUCAAACUCAAAUUUCAUCUUUAUCAAAACAUUACUUCCAUUCCGUUGGCGGCGGCCCACGGUAAACGAGAGAAGUACAUAAUGACAUGAAAAACAGAACCGCGUGCCCGUUCCCGCUUCACCCUAACCUCUCAAAGCACGCUGUUUUAGCCAUAAUUCACCGCGGCCGCUUCUUCUGUUCUGAAAACAUGCAAACGCAGCAGCUAAAUUAAUUAAAAAGAAGCUUUCGUUCGUUUUUUUUUCUGCACUGCUUUGCGAAUUAGAGCCCAGAGAAGGACAAAGGAAAAGUGAAGCGCUCGGAAACUUUUAACGAGCAUGCUAAUUUAGAGCAGCAGCUUCAAAUUGAGUGAGGUGGGGAAGGGACAAAUUGAAGAUGCCAUAAUGGUGGAGAGUGUUCUUGUUUUUAUGGUGAAUGACAGAUUUUAGCGGUUCUGUUCGAUUUGAUCAUUAAAGGUUCUGGAGCCAGAUUUGUGAUUGAAUCAUAGUGAAAAUCCGUUUGAUAUUUGUUCAGCGUGUACUCAUUUGACAGUUCAAACCCCAGUCGGCAAUUUUUCACGUUCUCAACCGUUUUCUGAUUGAAAUGUUGCCCAUAAAUAAACACAUUGUAUUUUCACUAAUUAUUCUGCAUUCAUCGGCAAAGUGUUUCCCCUACAUUCGUUGAGUUUUCAUCAUGUUUUUGUUAGAAAAAAGAUUGCAAAAGGCGAAGCGAAUUGGAAACGAGAAUUAAUUAGAUAUAAGUAAUUGAAUUUCAAAAGUGGAAAAACAUUGAAAAAACAAGAGUGCCAAUCGACUGAGCAGUGUUAAAAAAAACAGAUAAAAAAUGCCGGUGAAACGACAACAGAAACAGAACUAUAAUUAUAGAGCGGCAAAAAGUUCACACAGACAAACAGAAAAAAAAGUUAUAAUGAACAGACGUGUACUGUUUGUGAAUAAUAGCGGAAGUUAGGUUAGUAAGAUGUAAAAAGCACAGCAGGAAGGACGAUGUCGAGAUCGUUCGAAGCAACAGAAGAUUGAAAUUUUAAGGACAAGUUGGUUAGGUGAAUCUUUUUUAUACAAAAAAAAAAAACAGGCAAACGAAUAAUAAUUAUGAAAAACAACCCUUGCGUGGCAGCGAACGAAUUGUACAGUUGAGUAUUUAAGAGAUGAAAAAGUACAUAAAAUGAAGCAAACCCGGUGUUUGAGCAAAAGUUCUCAUUAGCUUUCUAAUGGCGAACAUUUCACCCAUGCAAUCUGGCAAAAAAUACAACUCUGACAAGAUACUACACACUAAAAUACACCGACUAAAAUUUAUAGACAAACACACAUACAGAAAUAGACGGAGUGGAAGUGAGUAGCAUCUUUGAUGUGAUAUGGAACGCAAAUUUUUGUUGACGUCUCUCUUGCCUGCAAACUUUUUGCCACACUAAUUAAAAACUCAAAUCGAGAAACCACCAACACCACACAGCAAACACAAACAUUCAGACGAAAGAAACACAGCGCUUGGCGAAAGAAAUCCAACUUCUGAAAAUUCUUUCCUCUGAUGAACAUAACGAGAGUAAAUUUCGAAAACGUCGUAGAUUAGGUAAACUAAUCUGUCGUACCUUGCAUAUUCUAAAAUCUUGGUACACGCCCGUUGUAUUUUGCCCAUAAAUAGCUCUGGAUUUGAAAAUGGGCUCUUUUCAGCGCACGCACGUUCAAAAUCACUCAGUUUUCGGCAAAACCAAACCUAGUCAGAAAUGAGUAAAGUUUACUCAACUAUCGUUGAAUUUGGGGUGAAAUUCACUCAAAUUUGACAGAUGCCCCCUUUACUCAUUUCUGAGUAGGUUCGGAUUUGAAGAAAACUGAGUAAUUUUGAACGUGCGUGUGGAAACAAGAUAACAAAAAAAAAACAGAGUAGCCUGAAUCUCUAUCCUUAAAAAACGACCUUUUAUCGUUUGACAUUAUCAUGCCAAGUUCUAUUGUUCUCUCGUCAGCCACCAACAAGCAUUCAAAUCGAAACACUCACACGCAAACAGACAAAACACACACACACUCACACACACACACACACACACACACACACACACACACACACACACAAAAU